AGUUUUUCUCUAUUAUACUAAAUCAGUACAUAUGAUAUUGCAAGUCCAAAGUAUUACACUGAUCAUCCCAUUGAAAUUUCAACUCAUUUUGUCCGUUUUAUUGUGUAUAUAUGCUACGGCAAUUCGAUGAGUUUUUCAUAUAGUAGCAGUUAUUUCCAGUUCCCUUCUACGUUUCAGAGAAACCUCAGUGUUCCGUGGAGAAGCAGUAGAAGAACACUUCAUCGCCGAUGGAAGCAUCGGAGAUUGAAAAUGAAUCAUCUUGCAGUUGUCGCAAUUCGAAAUUUAAAUCCUAUGCCAUUAGAAAAUAUGUUUCAACAUAUAGUUGCUCAAUUUCCCUCUGUAAAUUCACUCGAUUUAAUUGCUCCAGCUCUAGGUUUUAUCUCUGGUUUUGCUCUCUACUUAUCUCAAUCGCAAACGUCAGUAAAACUUCUAGAAACUUCUGUUUCGGAUGACUUCGGAGAAUGGAUUUUAUUCACUAGUCCGACGCCGUUUAAUCGAUUUGUUGUGCUACGCUGUCCGUCAAUUUCGUUACAAGAUAGUGAACUUCUGGAGGACGCAAACGAGAGGCUUGUGAAGGAAGACAGGCAUUUUGUGAGGUUAGAUAGUAGGAAAAUUGAGGUGAGGGAUUAUGAGAAUUGUGAUGAUGAUGAGAAGUUGGUGUAUCAGAGAGUGUGUUUAAAUACGGGGGAUGGAGGAGUAGUGUCACUGGAUUGGCCAGCGAAUUUGGAUUUGGAAGAAGAAUAUGGACUGGAUUCGACUAUGCUGAUUGUUCCAGGGACAACUGAGGGAAGUAAUGAUAAGAAUAUUCAAGCGUUUGUUGUUGAGAGUUUGAGGAGAGGGUGUUUUCCUGUUGUCAUGAAUCCUAGAGGUUGUGCUGGUACACCAUUGACAACUGCUCGGUUAUUCACAGCUGCUGAUAGCGAUGAUAUCUCCACAGUUUUCCAAUUUAUCAACAAGAAAAGGCCAUGGUCAACAAUAAUGAGUGUGGGAUGGGGUUAUGGCGCCAACAUGUUGACAAAGUACCUGGCUGAAGUUGGAGAGAAAACACCUCUUACAGCUGCUACUUGUAUAAACAACCCUUUUGACCUCGAAGAGGCAACAAGAGGCACACCUUAUCACAUUGCUUUAGACCAAAAGCUCACACAGGGCUUAGUAGAUAUAUUGCGAUCUAACAAGGAACUAUUUCAAGGUCGUGGAAAAGGCUUUGAUGUUGAAAAUGCUCUUUUGGCAACAUCUGUUAGGGACUUUGAGAAAGCAAUAUCAAUGGUGUCUUAUGGAUUUAAUGCUGUUGAAGAUUUCUAUGCAAAAUCCAGUACAAGGGAUGUGGUUGGCAAAGUAAAGAUUCCUCUUCUUUUUAUACAGAGCGAUGAAGGGUCAGUCCCCUUGUUCUCUGUUCCACGCAGUUCAAUAGCAGAAAACCCAUACACAAGCCUACUCUUGUGCUCUUAUUUUCCACAUAAUGGAACAACAAAUAGCAGAUCAACUGUUUCUUGGUGCCGGCAUCUUACAAUUGAGUGGCUCACAGCUGUGGAGCUUGGACUUUUGAAGGGUCGACAUCCUCUUCUGGAAGAUGUUGAUGUUACCAUUAAUCCUUGCAUGGGUCUUACACUUGUGGGCAGACCAGCUGAUAGAAGUUUUAGAUCAAACAAGCUUUUGAAUCUUCCAAAUUCAGAUGCUUUAGAUGGUUGCUCCUUAGAUCCGUCACUGAAAAAACUUGAAGGAGGAGAUAUUUCAGCAACAAUUUAUUCAAGAUUUGGAAGAGAUGUAAAAGAUCUUCAAAGCACCGGACAGCCACAAGAAACCUAUUGCACCUUACAAAAUGGUGGAGCUGAUGUUGUAGAAUCAGGAGAAGAGGAGACUGGAAGUCCUUUUGAUGGUGAAAGAGGCCAAGUGCUACAGACUGCAGAAGUAGUCAUGAAUAUGCUUGAUGUGACAAUGCCUGACACACUAACAGAAGAACAGAAGAAGAAGGUUCUGGUGGCUGUUGGUCAAGGGGAGACAUUAAUGAAAGCAUUGCAAGAUGCUGUUCCUGAAGAUGUUCGUGGAAAGCUUACAACAGCUGUCUCUGGAAUUUUACGCAAUCAAGGUUCAAAUCUCAAAAUUGAUGGACUCCUAACUCCUGGACCUAUUCAAAAUGUGACAUCUAGCCCAAUAUCAAAGAUAGAAAAGGAUGGAAGAGUUUCAAGUACAGAAGGUGGAAGUGAAACUUCUAAAUUAUCAGAUGUGAAGGCGAGGGCUAGUGAUUUUUCUGAUGAAUUUGAUAAUAACAGCUCUAGCACAGACAAACACUCUCAAGAGCUUGUUUCAGAACCUGAGGCAGUGAAGACCCUGCAAAAAUCUGUAGAUACAGGUCAAUCUCAAGCGAUGAGUAGCCAUGGAAGUGAAGUUCCUGGUAGUGUAGAUCAUUCUGUAGAAAAAACUGUCCCAUCUUCUGGUUACAGUGAAAAUGAGUCAAAAGCUAGAGCUAAACUUCAGAAUUCAAGCAGGCCUGAAGUGGAUGGUGGCACUGAGAAAGUGAUUUCUGAGCUAUCCAAAGUACAGCAUGAUGGUGAGAAAUAUCAGACUGACUUGAAAGAAGAGAUCUCUACCCAACUAAAGGAUGAAAAAAGCACUUCUAUUUGUAGUGAUCAGAACAAGUCAACAUCUUCCCUCCAGACAGAGGAUAAAACACCACUUGUGGCAUCUCCUUCUGAGAUCAACACAUCUUCCCUCCAGACAGAGGAUAAAACAUCAUUUGCGGCAUCUCCUUCUGAGACCGAUGUAAUGGAAAAUGAAGGUUCUGGUAAUUUCAAAAGAGAAGAAAGAAGUAUGCAGACCAAUUCAAAUCAAAUUAUUCCCAAUGCACCGAGCUUUGAUGUUUCUCAAGCAUUGGCUGCCCUGACUGGAAUUGAUGAUUCAACUCAGUUAGCAGUUAAUAGUGUGUUUCAUGUACUUGAAGAAAUGAUUAAUCAGUUGGAUGGAGUAAGAAACACAGAAAGUGAAAUUGAGAAUGGAGACGAUAAAGAUCGACGUAAGAAAAGUGAAGCCAAGGAUAAAGACAAUGAAGAUGGACUUAAGGACAGAGACAAGGUUCUUGAUCAAAAUACUAGUUCCAUCUCAAACAAUCACAAUAUGGUUGAUAACCACGAUUUAGAUGAUGUUGAGAAGAGAGGGAGCAAAGUAUGCUCAGAUUCCGAAGAAAAAUAUGAAGCAGAUGCCAUUUUAAUUGGUGAAGUUGAAAGUGAUACCAUCAAUUUUCAAGAAAGUGAUGGAGAAAGUCGCACAAAAGGGGAUCAGAAGAGAGAAAUCGUUGUCAAUGGAGAGCUUCAUCCAGGGGAUUCACUUAAGUCAUUGAAUUACAUUCAAAAAACUGUUCCUGUCCACAUGACUACCAAUUUUUCUGGAGACCCGCUUUAUAAAGAAUACCUUCGAAGCUAUUUAAGUACAAAGGCUGUGAUAACUAAAACACUAGAUUUAGAUACCACAACAUCUUUGUUUCUCGACUACUUUCCAGAAGAAGGACAAUGGAAACUUUUGGAGCAGACUGGAAGUAACAAUGAUUUAUCUGAUGAUGUUACAGCUGAUGAAAAAGGUCAUGCUGAGAAGCAGCAUGAUUCACCUUUGAAAUCAAAUAAUAUGGAUAAUGUUAUUGAACCAUCUUAUGUAAUAUUUGACCAUGAAAACCAGAACCCUGAUGAAGAAUGUGUGACUUCAAACAACUCCAAUGAAAAUGUUGAAGUUGAUUAUGACACUGCACAUGGAUCUGCUUUAUUUUUAAGAAAUAUUAUAGUGGAAGCUUUAAAGGUCGAAGUUGGACGGAAAGUAAGUGCUGAAGACUUGGAGGAAAUGCAACCCGAACUCUCCAGUGAACUGGAACAUGUUGCAAAUGUUAUCUCUCAGGCUGUAGGACAUGAAGAGGAGCUUGUUUCAUUUAUCAAGAGUAAGGAUCGGACAUCAGAGAAAGUGGGUACAGUUCAUGCAGAGCAUGUUGUACAUGCUAUUUCAUCAGCAGUUCAGGGAACUAGUUAUUUGACAAGGGUAUUGCCUGUUGGAGUUAUUGUAGGCUGCAGCUUGGCAGCUUUGAGAAAGUUUUUUGAUGUAUAUGCCGAAGAAAGCAAUGACCAAAGCAAAGAGUUGAUUCUUGAUGAAAUAAGUGAAGUAGAGAAAGUAAAUUCUAUGCCAACAGCCAACAAGAGAAUUGAUGAAUUGCAUCCUAAUGGACAAGUGUCUGGAUCGCAGAGUCCAGUUCACCAAGUUGAAGGAGCACCCGAUUCAGAAAAAUCAGAUAGAAAAUCUAUUAUGGUUGGAACUGUUACGGCAGCCCUCGGAGCAUCGGCACUGCUUGUCCAUCAACAGGAUGCUGAAGAUUUUGAGAGUUCUUCCAAGCCCUUUGAGGAUGAGAAAAAUCAAAGCAAAGAAGUGGGAAAGCUUGAUGAGGAAACAAUUGAUAAAACUCACAAUAACAUAGUCACAAGCCUUGCUGAGAAAGCCAUGUCCGUAGCUGGUCCUGUGGUGCCUACAAAAGAAGAUGGUGCAGUGGAUCACGAAAGGCUGGUUUCAAUGUUGGCGGAACUAGGACAGAAGGGUGGCAUUCUGAAAUUGGUCACCAAAGUUGCAUUGCUUUGGGGUGGUAUACGAGGUGCUAUUAGUCUAACUGACAGGCUCAUCUCAUUUCUGCGGAUUGCUGAACGUCCUUUGUCACAGCGGAUUCUUUCAUUUGUUGGUAUGGUGCUUGUUUUAUGGUCACCAGUGGUAGUUCCAUUUCUGCCCACACUUGUGCAAAGUUGGACAAUGCAGAAGCCAUCCAGGACGGCUGAGCUCAUUUGCAUUAUUGGCCUGUACGUGUUUAUUUUCUUACUAGUUACUCUAUGGGGCAAAAGGAUACGAGGCUAUGAGAACCCACUUGUGCAGUAUGGGCUAGAUAUGAAUUCCACACAAAAGGUCCAGAGUUUUUUGAAAGGUUUAUUUGGAGGAACAAUCCUUGUUUUGCUAAUAUAUUCUGUGAACUCCUUAAUUGGCUGUGUGGAUUUCUGUUUGCCCAUGGCUCCUCCAACGUCAUCAGCAGCUUUAACCUGGCUAAAGGUGUAUGGUCGGAUGUUUAUUUUAUUUGUUCAAGCACUUGUCACGGCAGCAGGUGUUGCCACUGUUGAGGAGUUUCUUUUCAGGUCAUGGUUGCCUGAUGAAAUUGCUGCUGACCUGGGAUAUUAUCGUGGAAUCAUAAUUUCUGGACUUGCAUUUGCUUUGUUUCAAAGGUGCACCUCAUUCUUGAUGUGGCAAUGCAUUCAGGCAUUUGACUCGGAUGUCACUUUGGGCAGUACCCAGUUUGUGGCUACUGUCACUUGCUCUUUCAGGAGUUCGACAAAGAACCCAAAGCCUCUUCCUUCCAAUUGGGCUGCGUUCAGGGAUACUGGCUUCUAGUUAUAUUUUGCACACUGGGAGUUUUUUGACUUAUCAACCAAAAUUCCCUCCAUGGUUCACGGGGUCUUAUCCAGCUCAACCAUUUAGUGGAGUAGUUGGCCUUGGGUUCGCUUUGUCACUGGCAGUACUUCUGUAUCCCGGGAAGCCUCUUUGUAGGAAGAAAAUAGCCAGGAAAAUCAAGGAAUAAUAAGCUUUCCUUGAGUAAACUUUUUUUGUAAGUGUACAAAUGAGGAAAAUUUUGUAGCCAAGUGAAAGUGUAAAUGGAAAUUUCAAGAAACCACUAUAUUCCCACGUUAUACCUGUACAUGUAAGUUGUCCUUUUCGAUUGUGCAAGGAAAGAAACGGAAAUUAUUUCCCACCGAAGUUAUACAAACUGGAAGAGCAAGUUGUUCA